AGGGCAGCACCGGCCAUGCGGAGCCCGCGGAGCCGCUCCCGGCCAGCCCGCGGCCACCCCCGGCCCCAGCGGCGGGGACACCGGCGGGGACACCGGAGGGACAUCGAUUUGAUUGACAUCCUGUGGAGACAGGAUAUUGAUCUCGGCGCUGGGCGAGAGAUUUUUGACUACAGCCACCGUCAGAAAGAGAGCGAAGUGGACAAAGAGCUGAGCGAUGGGAGGGAGCGCGGGGACAGCUGGAGGAGUGCAGGGAAUGAGGUCUUGGAUAGAAUCCCGCUAGUUGAUGGAGAGACCGGGGAGAGUUUCCCUGCGCAGGUGCCCGGUGCGGAGGAUCAGACUGCGCUGUCCCUGGAGGAGUGCCUUAGGCUGCUGGAGGCCACCUUCCCGUUYGGGGACAAUUCCGAGUUCCCAGCCGCGGAUGUCUCCGCCCUGAGCGAGACCGUGCCCGGGCAGAGCCGUGCCCCGGGCGGUGCCCCGAGCCUGCUGUCCCCUCUGCUGGCCGAGAGCGAGUCCCCCUUCGACCUGGAGCAGCAGUGGCAGGACCUCAUGUCCAUCAUGGAGAUGCAGGCCAUGGAGGUGAACAGCACGAGCGCCGAGAGCCUCUACGGCGGCAGCAGCACCGGCGGGGAUCUGCUGACGUCCAACUUCAGCCUGGCCCCCGGCACGCCCAUCAACCAGAACGUGAGCCUGCAUCAGGCCUCGCUGGGCGGCUGCUCGCAGGAUUUCUCCCUCUUCAGCCCCGACAUCGAGAGCCCCUCCAUGGCGGGCGGCUCGGCCCUGCUGCAGCUGGCACCCGACAACUCCACCGGCCUCAACGGCACCUUCGGCUCCACCAACCUGAGCGGCAUCUUCUUCCCGCCGCAGAUGAACAGCACGGGCAACGAGACGGCGGCGCCSGAGCUGCCCGACCCGCUGGGAGGGCUCCUGGACGAGGCCAUGCUGGAUGAGAUCAGCCUGAUGGACUUGGCCAUCGAGGAGGGCUUCAACCCCGUGCAGGCCUCGCAGCUGGAGGAGGAGUUCGAUUCCGACUCGGGCCUUUCCCUGGAUUCCGGCCACAGCCCCGCGUCCCUGAGCAGCUCGGAAGCCUCGUCCUCCUCGUCUUCUUCCUCAUCAUCAUCCUCCUCCUCCUCGUUUUCUGAGGAAGGCGCCGUGGGCUACAGCUCGGACUCGGAGAACGUGGACUUUGAGGAGGCGGAAGGGGCGGUGGGCUACCAGCCCGAGUACAGCAAAUUCUGCCGCAUGAGCUACCAGGAGCCGGCGCAGCAGCUGCAUUACCUGCCUUACCUGGAGCACGUGGGCCACAACCACACCUACAACAUGGCCCCGGGAGCGCUGGACCCCGAGGAGCCCAAAGCGCCCGGCGCCGCCGCCGCCAAGAAGAGCGGCAAGGAAAAACCGUCGGAGCUGCUGGACAAACAGCUGAGCCGCGACGAGCACCGCGCCAGGGCCAUGAAAAUCCCCUUCACCAACGAYAAAAUCAUCAACCUGCCCGUGGAGGAGUUCAACGAGCUGCUGUCCAAGUACCAGCUGAGCGAGGCGCAGCUCAGCCUCAUCCGCGACAUCCGCCGGCGCGGCAAGAACAAGAUGGCAGCGCAGAACUGCCGCAAGAGGAAACUGGACACCAUCCUCAACCUGGAGCGCGACGUGGAGGACCUGCAGCGCGACAAAUCCAAGCUGCUCCGCGAGAAGGUGGAGUUCCUCAAAUCCAUCCGGCAGAUGAAGCAGAAGGUGCAGAGUUUGUACCAGGAGGUGUUUGGGCGGCUGCGGGACGAGCAGGGCCGGCCGUACUCGCCCAGCCAGUACGCGCUGCAGUACGGCAGCGACGGCAGCGUGCUGCUCAUCCCCCGCGCCGCCUCCACCUCCGCCGCCGCCGCCACCGCGGAGCCGCAGCCGCGCCGCCAGGAGCGCAAACAGAAGGACCGCAGGAAGUGAARGCGGCGGCGGCGCCCGGAGGGAAGAACUGCUGGGAGAAGGGAAAAGGGGCCGAGCCUUUCGUUGGAAGCGCUUGCAAAGAGGGAACUUUGAUGCCUUCGGAUCCGAUUCAAUCUCCUCGAACCACGCACGGGAUUGGCGCCGCCGACGCUGCGGGGGACGCUGCGGGGACACCCGGGAUGGGGGGACGGAGCCCCCCAAAGCCCC